UUUMCAAAAUGGCGCCGAUWAGGAAAAGUGAAGAAGAAGUUGGAAGAAUUUGGGAUCGUUGCUUCGUGGAUACAUCAAUAAAAGCCGCCAGUGGAACUCUAGUUGGAAGCAUUUUUUCACUAAUUUUUUUCAAGCGAAAAGCAUGGCCUAUAACCCUUGGUCUUGGAAUAGGAAUAGGAGCAGGUUAUACUAAUUGUCGACAUCAGUUCUGGUGGAGAAGGCACUAUCGUCACCCACACUUUGAUGGUCAUAAACACAGACCAAGUGGYCCACCUUUCUGGAGGGGCCCACCUUUUAGAAAAGAUAAAGAACAAUUGAAUGAUAAGAAGGAAGAAGCUCCCAAACAAACAGACCCUGAGCCACAAACACCACAAGAGAAACCAGCAGACUCUUAGGACGAAAGCUUGACUUAGAAGAAAACUAGACAAAAGUGUGUAUGGAUUUUGAUGUUUAAAUAUGGUAGCCAGCAAAUCUGAUAAUGUAAGGAUAGAAUUUUUUUACUAUCAGAGCUGUCUUUUACUGCAUUUUUCCCAAAGGUUUGUGUUUUGUUUUUGUAGUUCUGAGAAAUCUGCUUGGCUUAUAGUAAUUAGGGAAAGAAUGAAAAAAUAAGAGAAUGCAGCACUCUGAUUGUAUCAUUUGGUGAAAUCUUCUUAUAAAAGCGAAUCCAGCAUA